AUUCUGAAACCUUCAAGAUGGCGGACGCGUUGCAAGCUUCAUGUGCGGCUCCUGUUUUCAAGCGACCACGGCUGGAAUUUUCUUCAUGUGAAAACGAUGCUUUAAUAUCAUAUGAAUCUGUGUCGUCCGAGGAAAGAUUUAGUAUAGAUUCUGGGCUGCAGGAUGAUUCCAAUGAAGUAACAUCUUCAAGUGAUUGUCAUGACGACCAUCCUGGAGGGAAUCCGCAAAGCAAUCGAGAUUUUUUAUCUCCAGAUACCAAUGGUGUUCAUGCAGCAUUAGACAGCAUCGAGUCUCAUCCUAUUUUUGAGCAAUCUGCACAUAAUGGGUUUAUAUCCGAAAAUCCAUCUAGUAUGCUAGCCCAUGAAGCUUUUAGUAGGUCACAUCCUCAGCCAGGAGAUCUGGAAGAAAACGAUGUUGAAGAUCAAGAAUCUACAGUUAGUGAGUUAUCAGGCUUAAGUGACCUGUCGAACCUAAGUGGUCAGGAUUGGAAACCCACAG